GUUGACCCAAACCAACUCUGCGAAUGUUGGGAGGAGGGGGGCUAUAACCUGACGCGCCGAACGUCAUGCCUCGACCUAUUCAUUGCCAGCGAAGCAAACUCCAAUCUCCAGCAAGCGCGUCGUCGUGUGAGAAAAAGAGCAGAGCGCCACCGUGUGGGGGAUUCUGUCCAACCGUCGAUUUGACCCUGCGAUCCAGACUGGGGCAGCUCCGCGACGUCGUGAGGGAAGAUGGGUGCCUCGCGCCUUUUAAUAUUAGCAAGCCGGGAGCCUGGGAUUGCUCAUUGGAGCAGGCACAAGCCUUCCGCCCAUGCCUUGCCGCAGUGCUGCCGCCUCGCAUCCUCACUGUUGACGAGCAAGCCACUGUGGAAUCUGAGGUUCAGCAAGUAGAGACUGCUGAGCAGGAGCUCGUUGAAGGAGAAGAACAUGUGGUUCAGGAGGAGCCACAAGGCGAGGAGUAUGAUCUGAUCUAGGUGGCGUUUCUCAGUUGACAUUGGCGCCGACGAUCCUUAGUUCGUUUUAUAUUUAUUAUUUUAUUUUGUAAUAAGUCUUCCGCUAUGUAAUAAAUACUCUGAUGUUUUAUGACAUUUAUCUCUAUACACUCUGUUCAU